UUUUAAAACUGUUUUUUUUCUAAUAUAUUUUAAUCUGUGUUUUCAUCCACUGUAAGGUGAAAAACGUCCUAAUUAACAGUAUUAAAGGCUUAAAAUAUCACACGUCUGUGUGAAAAAGUCUCUGCUUAUUGAGAAAUUGAAAUGAAUGAACUUUUCAAUAAUGUCCUGAUUAAAAGGAGGUCUGUUAAAUAACGCUACAUAAUAACGAAGAGAAAUAUGUUGGACUUAAACUGCGUUAAAGAUUAUUAAAGCUCAUUGUAAAACUGUAAAGUGGAAGGGAAACAGAAAUAACUGUAUCUGUGGUCCGCCUCAGAAUAAGAAAAAAAAAUAGAGCAGUUUUUUUUUUUAAGCAUCCAUUGGUGGUUGUGCGCUGUCAGUCAAAUGUGGGUGGUAUCGGUUGACAAAUGAGACUUCUAGUAAGUCCUCCUCACAUGCUGUACAACACAGAGUCAACAGGCUGUACGGGACAGCAGACGGAACAUCAGCACGACUGGACAGCAUAAACAAAGCAGCGCUCCGGCAGAUCCGUCCCACCGAUUCAACUUUAUCCCCCCGGAAAGAUCACCGAGUAGGCUGCCUUUUAAAAAAAAAAAAAAACUGCUCCACAGGUUUCCACCGGCUUGGGAUGUGACUUCCAGUGAGAAUUUUGCGCCCAGGCGGAGCACCGCGACUUUUCUCCAGCUUCUUAACAUUGCAGAGACGAGAUUUUUUAUUUUUUUUUAUUUUACUUUAUCUAUUUAUUUUUCAACUUUUAAAAGAGGCGUCGCAAUUUAUAUGACAUUGUAACAACACCUAUCGACACCAUGGCGGAAGCGGCCCAGCAGCCACACCUGGUGGAGAUCGACCCGGAUUUCGAGCCCCUCUCGCGGCCCCGGUCGUGCACUUGGCCCCUGCCCCGGCCGGAGUUCAUCAACCCGGGGGACUCGAACACUUCGUCGCCGGUGCCGUCCGUGAAGCAGGAGCCCGGCGUGGGCAAUGCGGAGUUCAUCAACAACCUGAGCCUGCUGGAGGAGAACGAAGACUUCGCGGAGCAGAAGCCGGUCAUCAUGUGCAACGAGUUCCAGUGUCAGGAGAACUGCGUCCACCAGCAAGCUCAGCAGCAACACCAUCAGCAACAUCAGCACCAGCAGCAGCAGCAGCAGCACCCGAACCCGCAACUCCCGCAUCAGCAGCAGGUGCCUCUGCUCUCCACCCCGGUGGGCUCCUCACCUUCCGCGGCCGCAGCGGCUGCUGCAGCCGCCGCGCAGAGGAAGAGCAGCUCCUCUCGGCGGAACGCAUGGGGGAAUAUGUCAUACGCAGACCUCAUAACCAAAGCUAUCGAAAGUUCUCCAGAGAGCAGACUAACUCUGUCUCAGAUUUAUGACUGGAUGGUGAAGAGCGUGCCUUACUUCAAGGACAAGGGAGACAGCAAUAGCUCUGCAGGCUGGAAGAACUCUAUCAGACACAACCUGUCCCUGCACAGCCGCUUUGUCCGCGUCCAGAACGAGGGGACAGGGAAGAGCUCGUGGUGGAUGUUGAACCCGGAAGGCGGGAAAAGUGGAAAGUCCCCGAGACGCAGGGCGGCCUCUAUGGACAACAACAGCAAGUUCACAAAGAGCAAGGGAAGAGCAGCAAAGAAAAAGCUGUCCCUACAGGGCGGCGCCGACGGCAGCGCUGACAGCCCGAGCUCCUACUCCAAGUGGCCCGGCAGCCCCAACUCCCACAGCAACGACGACUACGACACCUGGAACGGCUUCAGGCCUCGGACCAGCUCCAACGCCAGCACCGUCAGCGGCCGCCUCUCGCCCUUCGUGCCCGAGGACGACCUGGGAGAAUCCGACGUGCACAUGGGCUACGCCGGAGCUCCGGGACCAAAGAUGACGGCCACGCUGCCCAGUCUCACCGAGAUGACCGCGUCUCUGGGGCACAGUUCUGAGAACGUCAUGGAGAACCUCCUGGACAACCUGAACUUGCUGUCGCCCAACAACUCGCAGGUCAGAGGGGGGGCCACGACCCCCGGCUCCUCGCAGUCCUCCCCCUCACCGAUGAUGCAGCCGAGCCCCGGUUACCCGGCCUACAGCUCCCCCAGCAUGGGCUCCCAGCCGCAGCAGGAGUUCCACGAGUGCGUCUACGGCCAGGCCGGGAUGAACUCCAUGUCGUCCAUGCCUCUUCAGACUCUGUCGGAAAGCAAACCCGGCUUCGUGCCCGGCAUGGGGCAGUACAGCUGCCCCGCCGGGCUCCUGAAGGAGCUGCUGACGUCGGACACCGACCAGCACAGCGAGAUGAUGCCGUCAGUGGACACGGUGGCGUCUCAGUCCGCCGGGGGCUGCAUGCUGCCGCCGUACAGCAGCGCCCAGCACGUAGCCAAACUCAUGGCGGGAGGGAGCGCUCACCCGCACGCUCUCUCCCACCCUCACCCCCACAACGUGCACGGCCAAGGGCAGGCCACGUCGGCAGCUAUGAACGGCCGCCUGCUCAUGUCGCUGAGCUACAGCGGGGGCAGCAUGCGUCUACCUGUCGCCAAAAGCCCCAUGCAGAUGCCUUACAGCCUCCCCGGGCACCACGGCGGGGGAGGCAUGCCGGGCAGCUUCUGUCCGCUGAACACCAACGGGUACGGCCGGGCGGGCAUGUCGGCGCCCUCGCACAUGGAGAAACUUCCCAGCGACCUGGAUGACAUGUCCAUCGAAAAGUUCGAGAUCGACAUGGAGAGGGUCCUGCACGACACGCUCAUGGACGGAGACUCCCUGGACUUUAACUUUGAGCCAGUUGUGACCCAACAAGGUUUCCCGCACGGCGUGAAGACCACCACGCACAGCUGGGUGUCUGGGUAGAAAGGCGAGGGCAAUUCGAGAUCCGUUCAGCUGAUCCAAUGCCGUUGGGGGCAAAGAAAGAAGAAAGUUAAAACGAGAAUAAAGGUCCUCAUCCCUGAGAAAUCUGUUUUCCAGCAACAUUACUGCUCCUAAAUUAUAUUUCCAGCCAACGUUAUUUCUGCAAUCCUCUGUGGACAGGUCACCUUUAAAGCCGAUGAAGACGAGAUCAGGAUUUUUUUUUUUCCAAGUGCCAAACAUUUUGCCUUAACAGGAGAGCCGGACCGAAACACAUACAGUGUCCUGAGAAGUAAUAACACCUUUUAACCUUUCCUAUUAUAUCAUAUUACAGUCACCGAUGUGUUUUACUGGGAUCUCAUGAGGUAGACCAACACAAUAUCAGUGUGAAUCUGAAUUAGACAAAAAAUAGUAUUUGUUUUAAGAUUUUAUACAAAAAAGAAAUUUGAGCCAAUACUGUAAAAAAAAACAUCUUUCACUGCAGUUACAGCGCCACGUCUUUUAGGGGAUGCCAUUUUUGCACAUUUAGAGACCUAACAUUUAGAGGUUUAAAUAUGUGUCCAUUACUCUUGGCAAAGUAGGUCAAGCUCAGUUAGAUUGGACGGAGAACAUCUGUAAAAACUGUAGCCGCUGACUCUCAAAUGGAUUUAGGUCUGCACUUUAAAUCUUUCCAACACAUGCAUUUGCUUUGAUCUGAACAAUUCCUUUCUAGCUGUGACAGCGGGUGUCGCCUCAUUUUCCUGCAGCUAGGUGAACGUGCUCCCGGCCUCAAGCUUUCUGCAGGUGCCAACAGUGCCCCCCCCCCCCCCCCCCCCCCCCUCCAGUAUUGCCCCGCAUUUUCUACAUCCAUCUCCCCAUAAAGUCACUGCCAAAGAAGCACAAUCCUCGCUGCCUGAUGCUGCCACCACCAUGUUUCAGCAUGCACGCAGUCUGCUCAGGGUGACUGCAGUAUUUGUUUCCUCCAUGAAUAAAUGCUUAGUAUGUACACCAAAGUAUGGAUGUACGCCAAAUUUAGUUUUAGUUUUAGUCUCAUCUGACCAGAGCAACCAGAGAAACCUAAUUGAAGUCUUUCAACCAUGGCAUUAUUGUGCACAAAGACCCGAUUUGGAUAGUUUUUGACUCCUCCCGCUUGAGCUGUAGAUCUCUAUAACUCUUCCAGAGUUAUUGUGAAUUAAAUCAACCCUGCUUCAAAAUUUAUUGAUUGAUUUUAAUUAUGCUUUCGCUUGCACUAGAUUAUUUUGCUUGCACUAGAUUUUUUUUUUUGAGAUCUCAAGAGUUGAGAAGGCCGAAUGCAAAAGCACACCACGCUUUUCAGUUUGUUAUUUGUAAAACAAUUUUGAUUUACAUUCCACUUCACCACUAUGCACUACUUUGCGUCGGUCGACCUCAGUAAAACACAUUACAGUUGGUUUUUGUCACUCGACAACAAGGGUAGAAAAGUUAAACAGGUAUCAUUACUUUUGCAAGACACUGUAUUUCCAGUUUACACUGCCAAAUACAUCGCAUCAGCAGCACAACAAUCAGAUGACGGGCACGCUCUCAAACUGUUUGCUGUGUCAUCAAGUCAAGCUUUUUGUACCUAAUGACGGAUUUCUACUUCUGACAAAUGAUGAAGGUAACGUGCCGUGUGCUCUUUGGGACUGAAAUGCGAAAAAAUGAGAGAUUUUUCCAGAGGACUCUGAACGAUGUUACACGAGAACAUACUUCUUACCUGAGUGUACAUAAUGUAAUCGAAAGGUUUUUAAUAUUUGGUUUCUUGUUGUUGUUGUUUUUUUUUUUUUCUAUUGAGUUUGUAAAUACUGUUUACAGAGAGGAAACAAAAAUCAAACCAGCAGAAAUGAGCUCAAAAAUAAAAAUUGAAACUGGAUCUUUUAAUCGCAUGUUAGGUGAACAGGUCAGUCAGGCUGAUUUUUUUUUUUUUGUACAUACUUUGCAAAUGUAUAUUAAAAUGAUGCAGUACAUGUUUACUAGAUAUAGUAUAUAUUUGUGAGCUAAGUUAUUUGAGGUUAAUAUAGGUUUACGCUGGUGCACAAACUGCACUCGGACGAGUUAUUCGUCACUCUGAACCUUAAUACCACAGGGGCCUAUUUGUUGUGCCUAAAAAAAAAAUGUAGAUUUUGACUGCAGGCUCAGAUGAUAUUGUAAAUGUCUACGGUCCAGAAGAUGCUCAAAUAUAGCAGUCUUGAAAAAAUGUUGUUUAUUUUUUAUCUCUGUUUGCUUUUCUGGAGGUCAAAAAAAAAAAGUUGUGAAAAAUGAUGUUGCUGAAGUUUACUGAACACACGUUAGUGCUGUGAAUGUUCGAAAUUCGAGACAGUUGGCUGCAAGAAAUCUCUCAGCGCUGCUCAGCGUCAUUUUCACACAAAUAACCAGCCUCUGCCAGAGCUUUUGGUGUUUUCUUUCUGAUCUCAACGGUCAGAUUUGAUCCAAAGGAGCCCUCCGAUGCUGUCUUAAAGAACAGCCUUACUUCUCUAACUGCCCUCUCCUACCUCUGCUUACGAUUGUCUCUUCAAACAUUUACACGUUUUUUCAUAGCACCUGGUUUUUGUUUCGUAAAAGAUUUACUAAAUUCAUUGUCCCUGAAAAAUGCCACUAAGUGUUAGGUGUCUGAUCUGAGCUUGUAUAUUUGCAUUUCCUCGCCAGUCGCUGUACUGACAGACAUUGCAUCCUACGUAGAGUCAAAAAUGUGAAUAUGUGUAUGAAAACAAGCAUGACUUCAUCCGAUGAAGUUGGCUCGUCUCGUGGAUCGGAAAUCGAAAGCUAUGUUUGACAAUAAUGUCGGUUGUAGGAUUUACCGUGCAUCCCACAAUUGUUAGCAACCCCUGGUAAAGCCUUGUGUGAAAAAAAAGAAGAAAACAAUUUAACUAAAGUCUUUUUUUGCCGCAACAUAAUUUCACAGAAGCAUUUUAGCAAAAAUUCAACCUUUAAUUUUAGUGAAUUCAUUUAGUGGAGCAAACAUCCCGCAUUAAAAUCAUAGUUUUAACAAAAUCAAUGUCACUAUUAUUGUGAAACUUUAACAAUCCCUUUAAAUAAGUGUAACUGAACUCUUUUUUUUUUUAACUUUCCUCAGUUGAUUUGUGUCUAGAAAACCUUUAAUCGGUAAUCUGUGACCUGACAGAGAACAGUUUCUCUUAGCCACUCCUCAAUAUCUGAAAAGCAUGAGAAAAUGCCAUUCAAGUAAGGCAGUAAAGAAGAUCUUAUUAUGUCAGGAAAUUACUUUCUGGUCAUCGAAGGUAUGGAUA